AUGACGAUGACUGGCCGUGUGCUGCUGGUGUGUGCCCUCUGCGUGCUGUGGUGCGGUGCCUGCGGUGGUGGACGAGCUGAAACACCUUCUUCAGAUACUCCGACCUCUUCGGGUAAUGCGUCCGGUAAAGAGAAACCUCAAGAAGAAGAGGCCGUCGUUGGCGCUGGAGGAGGUGGCCAAAGCGGUGAGCAUGCAGCGUCACAAGCAGCAGCACCAACGGGGUCAGGAUUACCGGCAGCGCCAGCAGAAGCGGCACCACAAUCCGGAGGAGUAGUAUCAGUAACGGCAAGUACAACGACGUACAACAAGGUUAAAAAAGAAGAAGAAGAGGAAAAAGAUGAUGACGAAGAAAACGAAGAUGAAGAACACGAAGAGGAAGAGGAUGAUAAGAAGGAAAAGAAGGAGACAAAGAAAGUGGAAUCUGUCACCGCCACCACAGAGGGGACCUCAGCAGGCGGUCAAGAGCAGCCAAGUUCAUCUUCUGGUGCGGAGGGAGCAUCGAAUAUAACAAAUCCCAACAGCACACAAACAACUGGAGACGAUGAUCCAGCAGCUGAUGGUGCAGGGACACGAGAAGAAAAACAAAAUGAAAAUAAAGAUGCCAAUCCGAAAGAAACACCAGUGACGGCCGCAGCCAUGAAAACUGCAACGGCGACGACUGGCGACAGUGACGGCAACACCGCGGCCUCCCACACCACCUCCCCUCUUUUGCUUCUUCUGGUUGCUUGUGCGGCUGCGGCUGCGGUGGUGGCCGCGUGA